UGUCCGACUCAGCCUCACAGAGUUGUUUACAUGGUGUUGGUAGGCGGUAGGCACGCAGCGCCGCGGCCUCUAGGCUUCAGAGGAAUCGAUCAUCAGUGUUGAAGAUUACAAAAUGUUUGACUCUUCAGAUUCAGAUGAUGAGUCCAGCCAGGCUUCUGUCCAAACUCUCAAAGUGGACUGGCUGGACAUGUCCUUCAUGGGCUGCCCUCAAAGUGUUGCUCUCAGUGGCUUGCCUGGGUGCCGCUUCAGAAAUAUUUACCAAAAUUUGAGUAUGGAUCUAAAUAAAUUAACAGACCUGGGGAUCUUGGAGGUGGUAGUGUUGGUGACAAAGGGAGAGUUGCGGAAAUACCGAGUGCCGCACCUGAUGCACGAGUACGAGAUGCGAGGCAUUGCUGUCCACCACCACCCUGUGCCAGAUGGCUUGACUCCUUCUAUUGAGAAUGUCAUGGCCAUUAUUGACUUGGUUCGACUGGCACUGGAAAAGAAAAGGAAAAUUCUUAUUCACUGUAUGGGGGGAUUAGGGCGAGCAUGUGUGAUGGCUUCAUGUCUGCUGCAAUAUUUUGAUAACUCCCUCACUCCAGACCAAACCAUAUUUAUUCUGAGGGAGCUGAGGGGAGCCUGUGCAGUACAGACAGUGAAGCAAUACAACUUCAUUCAAGAAUUUAGAAGUUUUUGUGAAGCAUGGAUGGAUGAAGACAUUGAGCGUUCUGUGUCUCGAUGACAGCCAGAUCCAGUGGACUAUGCGUUGUAACACAUCCAAUGAAAUGUUGGUACAGAAGGAUGAAAGCCUCAUUCAGGACAAGGAUGGAAGCAGGGUAAAAACAUCAUCAUCACUGAGUCACAAGAGCAAAUACUUGGUAAAGGUAUGUUGCUGAUAGAGUAUCAUACUCUUAUGCAGACCUGCAGACAUACAUAUUCCAUGUUAUAAGUUAGCUGUGAUAGAUGAAGUAUGUUACUUUGUAAAAGAACAUUACUUGCAGUUAUUUAAUUAUGUAAUAUAUUGUGAACAUUAUCUAGUCAUUAUCAAAGAUGGAAGUGUUGUAUACAGUAUGUCUAUUUUCUGUACCAUGAUUUUUUAAGAUUGGUAUUUCGUUAUUUUGUUAUAUUUUGAAAGUAUCAUUUCAUCAUCAUCAUAAUAAUAAUUUUACAUUGUUAGCAUGAACCUACUUACUUUAUUCAAGAGCAGAUAUCAGGAAGAUUGACACGUGACAGACACGAUUAACAGUAGUGUCUUGGUUUUUAUGGCUAUCACAACACUUGUGGGAAUGACUCAUUCCAUCCAUACACCACUCACACAUGUGACCCAUACUCAUCCAUCAUCAACAAUUAGAGCUUCAUCUCAUACUUGUAUGGGACAAAAUGAUAGGUACAGUCUUUUGAUGUAUUAUUUUCUAAACAGUUGUUUUUUAUAACACUUCUUUAUUCUUUUUGCUUAACUCAUCUACAGUAGAACCUCUGAACAUGAAUUUGAUUUGUUCAAGCAGACAAUUUCUAUCCAGAAAACUCAUAUUCAGAAGAAAUUUUUUUUCCCUUUAAAAACAAAGAAAAUAAAACAAUUAGUUUCAUUCCACCUAUACUGUGCACAUCACUUGCAGGCACACUCAUUUUUAACGUUAGAGGGAUUAUUCCUUGUAACUAACAUUGUUAAAAGCAUUACUUGGGAAAAUAUUAAUGAAAUGACAAAUAAUAGAGAAGGAAGGAUGACUGACCAAGUAUCCUUGCAAGAUCAUUCACUUGUAUGCUGCUUUUAUGCUUUCCAAUCAUCUUCAUGGCAGUGAUGAUGGAGUUCUUUGUCCUUUCACCAGGGACUUUGUAUUCAUUCUUGACAUUGUGGCUGCCAUAGGAAAGCAGGAAAAGCACACACAAAUAGUAAUGUAACAAUACAGGAGGGACAGCGCACAUAUCAUAUGGUAACAAGUGAGGUGGAUGGACUGUUGGCAAACAGUGUUGCCAGACGGUCUACUCUCAAAAUCCCUAAAUAGUAUUCAGGGAAUAAAUUCCCCCUAAAUCCCAGUUUUAUAUAAUUAUUUUUAUACAUGUCAGAAAAACAGACCAAGGUGCACAUUUGUGUUCAGAGAAAACUCAUAUUCAAGAUUAGAAAAUAUAUUCAUGUACCAUUUGAAUUAUGAAAACAUGUUCAGACUUGUUCAUAUUCAGAGGUUCUUCUGUACUGUACUUUUUUUCACUCCUCAAUCUUAACUGGUCUUUUAGAAUAGUUAUAAUGCUUAGGACAGUUUGAUGUUGUACAGUCUUUUGAAUAUUCCUAUAUAUCCCUAUACUAGGCUUUGAUUCCUCUCAAAAGGAAAGAUAAUCUACCUUGUCUCAUUGUAUGGCAUGAGUGUGAAGCAACAGCCAAAUGUUCCCUUGUCAAGUAACUGUGAAGUGGGGAUGCCUUCAGGAAUGGCUUUGGGUAAAGGGGAGCUUGUCGCAUCUUUGUUUUUGUUGAAAUUUUAUGAGAAUGUAUUGUUAGUUAUGUCAUGGUGGUGGUCUUGAUUGUUCCUGUCAGAAAAAUAUGAUAUCAUAACUGUUUCAGUUGAGUGGCUUUGUGUGAUGCUGGAAUGAUUUUAAGCAUCACCUUCAGCAGAUUCAUUCUUUGAUGAGUCAUGAAGGUAUGAGUCACUUAUUCUAGAGAAUCCUACAAGAUGAUGAUAAAUUAUGAAUACUCAAAAAAUUAUAUUCUCUAUAUAUUUGAUUCAUCCCAGUCCUUUUUAAUGGAAAAGAAACACUGGCCUAGGGGUACAAAAACUUAGAAAAAAAGAAAAAGCCCAUUGAGAUACUAAUCCGUAAAGGAAAGGGUCGAAAGGAUUAUCGAGAAUUGGAGAAGUGUCUUGAAACCUUCCUCUGGAAAGAAUUUUAAGUCAUAAGUAGGGGAAAUACAGAAGUAGGUAGGGAGUUCUGGAGUUUAUCAGGGAAUGGGAUGAAAGACUGAGAAUUAUUCUCAUAUAUGAUGUACAUACAUAGUUAGAGGUCUGCCUUUGCUUUGUCCCCUCUGAUGUUGUGAUCGCAUUGUGUUGACAUAUCACAACGAGUGAUUGCUGCUUGGAUAGUGACCAUUCCUGGUGCCACUUGGGUGACCUUAAAGAGCAUGGUUGCAUUGCUAACCACUUAUCAUAUUUCACAACUAAGAAAGAACAAUAGAAUUCUUGUACAGAUAUACUAAGGAUAUUCUGUGUGGUUGUACACUUCAUUGACAUCAAAGUCCCUAAUCUCAGUCCCUAGCUGUUCUUCCUUUGCACUUCCUCUGUUCACAAGUUUCAGGUAGGGAAUGUUUGGCUGCCAUCCCAUUUUCAUUUGCUAUAUUUGUAUAUAUGUAAAAGUAGGGAGUAGUUUCUAAGGUGAAGCUCUCCUUAGAUUUACUAAUUUUUUACUCCAUAAUUACUGAUUUCAUACAAGAAAAGGAGAUUUAGGUGAACCUGCCUAGCUGUGUACCUCUCACGUCAUGUAAGGAUUAAGAUUGCAUCUAUCUUUCUAGUAUUUUCAGAUAAUUAUUAACAUACUUAUCACAAGUAUUACUUUAUAUCAUUAAAUGAUAACCAUAUAUAGUAAUCUCCAAGAUUACAGGUUCUGCAACUGCAGAAUUCACCUGUACUUAUAUGGUCAUAAAUAUGUACACUAAUUUGCAUCAACUAGCUGGCAUUAUAUUGCAAAUGUGGAUUCCUGGUAUUGGCUAGAUGUCUCUGGCAGAAGACUAAGUAGAUAUGAUACAGUCUCAUUGUUUAUGUUGCUCUUCCAUAUUGCUCUUUGUUAUCAUGAGUCAAACUUUCAUCCAUCAGUGGUGUUGGUGGUGCCAGGCCAGCAAGAAAGAGCUGGGAAUGUGAUGACAUUAUAUGAAUUGUGGCUUGGCUUAUGAUUACCAGCUGUCAUCAUGUUGGAUAUCAGGCUAAAAGAUAGAAAUAAUAUUUCUCUCUCUCUCUCUCUCUCUCUCUCUCUCUCUCUCUCUCUCUCUCUCUCUCUCUCUCUCUCUCUCUCUCUCUCUCUCUCUCUCUCUCUCUCUCUCUCUCUCUCUCUCUCUCUCUCUCUCUCUCUCUCUCUCUCUCUCUCUCUCAUUGGCCAGGACUCUCUUAACUGAAAUUUACUUAAAGAAAGUUAACAUCAACAGUGGAUUUGCCUUAUUGUCAUGCUUUUUCAAGAUCAUAACCCUCACAGUUGGCUGGGUGUUAUUGUACAUUUAGAUUUAUUUCCUUAUUUUUUACAGUUAUUUAUUAAUUUAUUUAUUUGCUGACACAUAGGAAAGAGACUGGCCAGGGGCUAUAAACAAAUUUAUGGUUAAAGCUCACUUGGUUACCAUUCCUUAGGAAGUAGUUAGCAGAACUCCCAAAGAGGCAAAGUCAUGUAGCUGUAGAGGUGUGUUGGUUGUCCUUUCUUGAGAUGUAGUUCUUGAAAAGAUGGUAAAACAGUUAAGACAGGAUAUUCCUGAGUUACUGGUGUAAAGAAUGAAAGAAAGAAGGUACAGUAUUUUUUGCUUCUUACUUUUGUUACUUUUCCUUUUUGUAUUGAUUUUUAGCAUCUUUUUUCUUCUUUACACUUUUGUGGUGAUUGUGGCCAUUUGCAAUUUCCUUAUUUUUAGUGGAGUUUGAUUGAUAUGCAGCAUAUUCUGCUUUAUGUGAAUCUUUCCCUCAGUAUCUGAUAUUUACACAUGUAUAUCUUCACUGAUUUUUUGCUUCUUUUGCUUGCUUCAGUUUUUUGGGUUUCAUGGUACACAGGAAUGCUCCAAUAUGUGUUUGCUAUUUUCAUAAUAUAAAUCACUUUUCUGCACUAGUGCAGCAUCAUUCACAGACAUUGAGGCUCUUUAAAAUAUUCCUUUUAAUUUUAUUGUAUAAUUUCAUCUUCAGCUACUAUUUAUCAUUUGUUUGAAUUCUUAAAUCUCUCAUGCAUAUAACAAAAUAUUUCUUUUCUAAGAUAAUACUUUGUUAUCAACACUAUGUGACUCUUCCUUCUAAUGAGUAACUUGAGUCUAUGAAGGCGACUGAGUUAAUUUUGGAUAAGAGAUUGGCUUGGCAGGGAAACAAGACAUCUCACUUCUCUUGUCCGGCUUGAGUGUACAGUAAUUUUAGCUGUGCUUCGUGACGUGUGAUUUUAUAUGUUUGAAAUGAAGAAGGAAAUUUAGGUGUUAGGUCUAUAAGAUAUCUUUUUAUAUACAAUAAUUUCCUAAUUUCAUGUUUUAUCACAUUUUUUGUUAUCUCCAAAGUUUUGCUUUGGAGAACAAGACAGAUGAACAGACGGGAUCACUUCAUUAGAAGGUGUACUUUAAGGAAUUGAACUAAAUACUCCAAUUGCUCCAAAGCAUUGAAAGCUUUAAUUAGGAAAGAAGGAAAAGAGUAGCAAGUUACCAUUAUAUAUUCAUAAUAAAUUUAUUGGUAGAAAAUUUAUACUAACAUCAGAAUUAUGUAGAAUACAUGUAUUGAACUUAGUGCUCUUACAGUUAUUUGCAGUAAUCAUCAAGUACAUGGAAACAUUAAUUAUGCUAAUAUGAUAAUCUCUUGCAAGGCUGCAUCUCCAUUUUCAAAAUAGAAUUAGAGAUAUUGAUCAACAGAGUUUUGCAAGAAAAUUUCUUGAAGACCACUGCAAUCUUUGGUCAAAUUUCAGUUUUAUAGUUUUGUGCACUUUUCUUCUAAAACAUAAUUCCAGUCCUGUCCUAUGGUUCUCUUUGAAUGUGUAUCAUUGGAGAAAUAGUUAUACAGUACUAACCGUUCUCCCAAGGGUGACAAGCAAAAUAAAUGUUAUUGAGUU